CCGCUCUAGACAUGUGUUCGGUUUUCUAACCUCACUUUGUUCGGUCUAUGGAUAUAAAAGUGAAUUUUAAAGCAGGGGGCUCGUUCGUGGAGCUCCCACCGCAGUUUUCUUCCAACGCUGAAAAUGUGUAUAUCGCCUGGAAGAACCGAAUCUUGGGUUAUAGUACCAAAACAGGGGCACAGUUCGCCGAAUUUAGAGGAAUCAAGGACCGAAUCGUGGGUUUUGGGGUCCACUACUACGACUCGUAUGAGUGUGUCACCGCUUGUUCCAGUUCUGGAGAGAUAAUCACGUGGAAAGUUGUAACUUUUUUCAAGCUAUUAACAAAGACUAUUAAAGAGCGCAACAUUAAGACGUUUCACGUUAUACAGUCAGAAGGUGCCCCCAGAGCGCUAAUUUCCUUCAAACAAGAUGGGAAGAUUGUAUUUCAAAUCAUCGAGCUGACGCUUGAAAUUAGUCACAAUUGUGGCCUAACAAUCACCCCAUAUCACUACCAAGUGGACGUUUCAAGCGAUAAAUAUUUCGCCGUUGUGCAAAAACUUUCCCUCAACGUUGUUUCGUUUAAAGAUGUUUUAAAAGUUUACACUUUUUGCAUAGAUAGUCCGCGCGAAUUCACGUGUGUGGCAUGUCACCCGGAAAACGAGAUUAUUUUGACUGGCGACAGCGCAGGUCGUGUGGUGGUUUGGCAAAGAAUUUUUACGUCAAAACCGUCGAAAGCCGUGUUUCAUUGGCACACACUUCCUGUUAAGUGUCUCGGGUUUUCUACGUCAGGAAGCUACUUUUACAGUGGGGGCGACGAGUCCGUUUUGGUUAGGUGGCAGUUGGAUAAUCACUAUGAAAGAAAAUUUUUACCAAGAUUGGCUUCCACGAUAGCCCAGAUCAGGGUUUCCUCUAAUAAUGCGUUAGUCGCGAUUGCGACUAAUGAUAACGCUGUGAGAAUCGUGGAUCCGAGGUUUGAGAACGUCAGUCUGAUUCAGAAUUUAGUGAUAGGGGACAGCUAUGAAACUGGGAUUGUUGUGGACCCAAAAACGAAAGCGCUAAUUAUGAAUGGGAAUGUGGGUCAAAUCCAGUUUUAUUCGUCCUGUGAUAAUAGUCUUUUAUAUAAUGUAGAUGUUGUUGGUCAGAAUAAAGUAAGUAGUGAGAGAAAUUGUAAUAUAGAAAACACCCAAGUGUCCAAAAUCGCGAUUAGUAAAAACGGACUUUGGCUUGCCACCGUUGAAUCCAGACGAGACCCGGACUAUUCUUCCGAAUUACGUCUAAAAUUAUGGAAAUUUGACGUCACUAUUCAAAGUUUCAAGUUAAAUACAUGGAUGGAAGAUCUCCACGAAAACCACAUCCAUGCUCUAGCAUUUCAGCCUUUAGAAAACGUCGAUUACUUAAAAUUAGUGACUGUGGGAGGGGAUAAGAAAUUCAACGUCUUGCAUUUGACGGAAACUGAGACGGCCAACAGUAAAAGCGAAAUAUGGAUGGGUCUGUGGGUUGGUUUCUACCACGAUUUACCCUGCAAAGAUCUCUCCUUUUCCAUUGACGGCUCUCUGGUCGCUGUUACUUUUGGUAAUACUGUAACUACGUGGUUGCCGGAUCAUGGCGAUCUGAAGUGUGUUUUGAGCCACCCUAUGUGUAAGAAAGACAUUACUCAUGUGGAGUUUGGGACUAGUAAUCAGUGUCAUCUUCUUGUGGCUGCUAGCAGUGAGAGACUUUGUGUGUGGAAUUUGUUGACGUUGACGAUGGUGUGGACUGUGCCGGUUAAUGUUUCUAUUUUGAUUGCGGACACGGUGACUACGAAUAUGGCGAUUAUAACGAAAGAUAAUAUGGUGUUUGUGUUUGCCCCAAUAUCACCUGAGCCGGUUUUUUCAAGUGAUAAGUUGUUGAAGAAGUCGGGAAGUAUUUAUGCGGCGGCUUUUGUUCCGAGUAGGCAGAGUAAUGAUACGAAGUUGCAGUGGUAUCGAAGGUCGCCGAUUUUCGUACUGGAUGCUAAGAAGGAGUUAUUUAGUCUGGGUUGUGAUGAAGAAAAUUUGGAUACUCCCAGAGAAAUACAAGAAAUAUCCAAAUCAUUGUUCAGCAUGACAAUUCCACAGUCCCAGACUGAUAAAAAUAAAAGCACGAAGUCAGUGGAACACUUAUAUUUAAAAGACAUAGGAGAGAAGAAUAUGAAAAAGUACCUGGAAGCCCCCAUCCAAACUAUGAUUCCUGUAAGAAUCAUGUGCAGGACACUUUUGACGUCAAUGGUCCUGCAGAAACCUUGAUAGUGCAAGUGUAUAACUGGUUGCCUACUUUUUUUUUUUAAACAAAUCAAUAAAACCGUAAUUACAGAUUGUA